UCCAGGCCAGCGGGACGCCAUACCAGAGUCAGGAGCCACCACGGCUCACGGAGAACCUGGAGUCCCUGGCAGGCCAUGGCCGAGAUGCGGCUCCUCCUGGUGUUCCUCAUGCUCCCGUUCCUGGGAGAAAGAGGGAGCGGCUUCAGCCCGGAGGCCCGCAUUGUCGGGGGUACAGCAGCUGUGCCCCGGCAGUGGCCCUGGCAGGUCAGCCUGCGUGACCGGGGCCAGCACGUCUGCGGGGGCAGUCUUAUCAGCCACCAGUGGGUGCUGACCGCCGCCCACUGUGUCUCCAGCUCCGCAAGUCUACAGGACCUGACGGUCCAGCUGGGAGAGGCUGCGCUGUACUCCCGUCCCCGGGGCUCCAUCUCCGUGGCUGUCGUCCGUGCCAUCCAGCACCCCUCCUUCACCGGGGACGCCCUCCAGGGCAGUGACGUGGCUCUCGUGAAGCUGGCACGCCCUGUGCCCUUCUCCAGCACCAUCAGACCCAUCGCCCUGGCUCCACCAGGCUCUGAAUUCCCUGCAGGCUCCCUCUGCUGGGUGACCGGCUGGGGGGACGUCCAGCAGGACGGUGGGUGAGGGGCAAGGGGCUGGGGGCUCGGGGAGCUGGCCUGAGGGGAAGGCACUCCAAGGGUGGAGCGAGUCACCCCAGUCUCCUCUCUGAGCCUCACCUCAUGGUAGAGGC